AAAUGUUACGGGUAAUACGAAACAGGAAGUAACGUGGCGCUACCUACAGGCCCGAUGACAAAAUCGAUUAAACCGGAAGCUCCGUAGCCGCUCGCGUAAAGGCCAGGAGCAAGCGUUGGCCACAUGUGUUUUGCAGACCGCUUUUCCGUGGAAAAAGAUCGUCGAAAAUGCCGUGUUUACGUAAUCCGUGGUAACGUGACGUUGAAACGGUGCUCCUGAACUUGCUACUGUGGUGACAAAAUUUUUAACUUAUAUCCACGCAAACCGAGGAAGAUCCAUAAAAUAAGGAACGCGAGGAAGAAAAAUUACUCGUACUAACGAAGUGCACGCUGAUUGUCUGCUAGUUCCCUUUUGUACUUGGCACGCACGGUGUGUAUCCACGGUGCAUUUUAUCAACACUCUUCGUCUCUACAAGGUAGAUUUAAUCAUCGUUUAAUAACUCUUCGUUGAACCAUAAAAUUCAUACCGGCUGAUUUUCGGUCAUCUCAUGAAAUCGUCGAGUCAGCGUGUUCUUAUCCACGCAACCGAUUGCCUCGUGUAAUAUUGCAUUCGAAAUUGCUGAAACAUUCAACUGGAUCUGAACACGAAUCAUUUACAUCAACGUUUCUGUCUGUUGGGAAUUAAAAAAAAAUUCUGAUACGAGUGAAAUACGAAUUUCGGGUAUUAACGACCGCGUGUGUGCACACCGCACCUUCUGGAAAAAGCGAUCCCUCGUGACGAGUCUCGAGUGGGCGUUUUCUGACCGGCAAAUAGCCAGUAGCUGAGAUUCUACGAUCAUCGUAGAAUUUUCGUUUAAUUCAGCCAGUUCGUGCAACGGCACGGGCUCAGAGGGAGAAUGCGUCCGGCCCACGGCAUGGAGGAUGUCCCUAGAUCGGUGCUUUAAAGUCAAAUCGACGCAAGGAACAUUUCGUGAUCUUUGAUCACGCGACGAGGUUAGCUCGGGUAGAUUAAUGUGUCCGAGGGUGUUCGAGGUUCCUCGGGAUUCCUCGACUGGCUGAGAGGAAGCAACGUUUCGUAAAAAUUCCUCGAGUUAAAUCCUCGUGUUCGGACCUCGUGUUUUGUCUUUCGGCGCGUACUAUUCAAGAUGGCGGCUAAGGUGGCCAGCGGUACUCAGGGAGGUAUCGAGAGGGAGGAGGGCCCCGGGGUCUCUUACGCAAGUAUCCUUAAUCCUAAGAGUGGUACCGAAAAUCGAGUUGUAAAUAAAGAUAAUAAUAAAGAAAAUAUUAGUGGUCAAGUAGUUCAGCAGCAAUCAGUACCCAUUAAGGAUCGUAUAGCUUCCCAAACUCUAACUACUAAGGGAAAAUCUUAUCAAAGAACCGAAAGAAGAUUUAAUCCUCAAAACAAAUUGGAGAAACAGUAUGGAAACGAAGCACCUCCUUCUACCGAACAGAAACAAUUGGCAGUCCAGAAAGACCCUCAGGUUGAACGAAGGCAGGAAAUUGUUGUUGAAAAUGAACAGAUGAACGGAGAAAUUGGAAGCGACGGAGAAUUCCAAACGGUAGCACCAAAGAGCGCCAGGAGGAAAGAAAAGUUACGAGAACAGCAACGCGAUCACAGAGAGCAACACAGACAUCGAAAUCACAGGCAUCCGCUUCGUGGGCAUAACGGAAGCAAUGAGAGAUCAUAUAAAGAAAGAGAGCGAGGAGACAGAGAUCAUUUUGUAGGAACUAAAGAUAUCGUUAAAGAGAAGGAAGAAACGGAGAUAGAGUCUGAAAAUCAGUCUGUGGCACCGGUUAAAUACGUAGAAGCUCCUUUACCCACUGUUAAUCCUUGGACCAAAAGCAAAAUUGUAGCACCACCGGUACCUGCAAAUUUGGUUACCGUUGCACCUGCAGUAGGUGUACCACCUGCUGAAAAGCAAACCGAAAAAGAAAAGAGGGUACUUCAGCCACAACAACAAGGAAUUGUUGAAAACGGUAUUAACGCAGUAAAUCAUCCAACCAUUGUCACAGCGUCAAAGGACAGGAGAAAAUUUAAUCAAAAGGCGAGCGAUUUCUCAGACAUUGGUGAUUGGCCCACAUUGGGAGCUCAAGGAGAGAAAAAGACAACUGCGACCGCGCAGAAGCAGAAUGGCGUGGUUGAACAAAAUAACUCUAAAGAAAGUAGUGGGACUACCAUCGAAAGUAAAGAAAAAGAAAACAAAGAGCAAAAUCACUGUCAGGAGGACAGCGACGAAAAUACGGAUGUUACUGAAAAGAAAAAAAGAGUGAAUAAACAGAAAUGGGUACCAUUGGAAAUAGAUAUAACAAAGAAUCGUGGCAAAAGAGAACGUUCUCCAAAGUAUCAUAAUCAAAGGGAGAAAAGUGGAGAUGAAACAGACUCUUACAGAAAUAGAGAACACGAUAGACCAACCUAUAAUACAAGAGGUGGCCGCGGUGGAAGAAGUUACAGAGGUAGAGGAGGACGAGGUGGACGCGGUGCUUAUCGUGGUAGCUUUAGGCAUAGACAAGACUAUUCAAAUUACACAACAGAUUAUAUGCAGAUGCAUAAAUUUGGACAUCUGGAUCCUCCUUAUAUGAUGCCUUACAUAGGAGCAUUUUAUUACAAUAGCACAAAUUGCGUCGUAGAUACAACGACGCUCAAGGAAUGUAUAAGGAACCAAAUAGAAUAUUACUUCAGCGAGGAAAAUCUUUUAAGAGACUUCUUCUUGCGUCGCAAAAUGGACGCACAAGGCUUUUUACCUAUUACCUUAAUUGCAUCUUUCCAUCGCGUACAAAUAUUAACUAUGGAUGUAGGACUCGUUAUCGAAGCAAUUAUGGAAUCGGAUAAAUUGGAAUUAGUUGAUGGAUUCAAGGUUAGAACGAAAAUAGAUCCUCUGAAGUGGCCUAUUUUGGAUGCAGCUGGAAAUCCUGUGUUUUCGGAAUCGUCUGACACCGCAAAUGUAUCCCAAAACGAAGUAAUACUCUCCGUGUCCGAAUCAUCCGAUUUUUGUCCUGCUGCCAGACCCUUAUCAACGAUUCCUAUUCCCCCAGUUCCAUGUGUUCUUCAAUCCAACCACAUUGUCUCGACCGUAGGAAGAGUCAGUGAAUCAGAAAGUAUAUCCUCGUCGGUAGGCGAUAGUUUGAAUCCUGACGUACCAGAGUUUGUACCGAAUGAAUUGACAAAUAAGAUUAAUGAAACUGUUACGGCUAACAGUGAAAAUGAAUCUGUGAAAACUCAGGAAACGUCGGAUGAAAUGAAAAGCAUUCCAGCACCAUCGAGUAAUAAUGAUUCAGUGUCUGUUUCAAAUAAAGAAUCAUCCAAAGUGUCAGCAACGACCAAGUGUUCUAGUCCAACCCGCGAAUCAGAAGUACAAAUUAAUGGAGACUCGCAAUCUGGCGAUAAUGUUUGGAAAGAGGUAAGGCGAAGGGUGAAAUCAUCACAUAAGGAGAGAAAUGAAGAGAAAGAGAGAGUUGAUAACGUUAAAAGUGAAGAAAGGGAGGAGUUAGAUUUUCAGUUCGACGAAGAACUUGAUACCCCACCUCCAAUUGGACGUCACAAUGCUUUCUCUGAAUGGUCCGAAGAUGACGAAGAUUACGAAUUGUCCGACGGUGAUGUUAAUAAACUGUUAAUUUUUACGCAAACAACGGUACCCAUGUCUACACGAAUUCCAAAACACGAGGGUCAUGAUCGAACUGGUGAUUGGACAACAAGAGUAAAAAUGACUCAAGAUCUUGAGCAAGCUAUCAAUGAUGGAUUGUAUUAUUAUGAAGAAGAUUUAUGGGUCAAGGAUGGCCAAAGGUAUGGAUCUUCUUCGUCAAUUGGAAGUUACAAAACUGUUACUGUGAUUAGCCAAGAAGACUUUGAAAAAAUGGCACCUAAAGUACCUAAGAAAACUAAUCCGGAAGUUCCCCCACCACCUCCAUCCGCGAUAGAAGAUAUCGAAAUAUCGCAUUCGCUUCCAACACAGGUUCCAAUGAGUAUCGACAGUCAAGAGAGAAGAGAUCGUCGAACGGAUAAAAAUCGGUGGAAUGAAAAGGCAAGAAAUAGUAGAAGCGGUAGAAGAGGAGUGGUUCCUCGUUUCUUCGCUGUAGUAAAGGACGAACCAUCGGUAGAUCCUAGAACACCGAGGAAAAGGAAAACUCGACACAGUAAUAAUCCUCCUGUUGAGCAUCACGUCGGCUGGAUUAUGGACGUUCGGGAACAUCGACCGCGUACAUAUUCUACAGGAAGUAGCGCAGGAACAAGUCCAAACGAAGGUUUCCUUGCUAGCAGUUACGGCAGCGUACCACAAUCUUUGCCUGCUUUCCAGCAUCCCAGUCAUGCUCUUCUAAAAGAGAAUGGUUUCACUCAGCAAGCUUAUCACAAGUAUCAUUCACGAUGCUUGAAAGAACGCAAAAGGUUAGGAAUCGGACAGUCUCAGGAAAUGAAUACACUUUUCCGUUUCUGGUCGUUCUUUUUGCGGGAAAAUUUCAAUCGUACUAUGUACGAAGAAUUCAGAUCUAUAGCCAAAGAAGAUGCAUCCGAAGGUUAUCGAUAUGGUCUAGAAUGUCUUUUCAGAUUCUAUAGUUACGGUUUGGAAAAGAGAUUUAGACAUCACCUUUACAGAGAUUUCCAAGUUGAAACGAUACAAGAUUACGAGAGUGGUCAAUUAUAUGGAUUAGAAAAAUUCUGGGCGUUUUUAAAGUAUUACAAAUACUCUGAUCAACUUCAAGUAGAUCCGAAACUACAGGAAUAUCUAUCCAAGUUUAAGAGCAUUGAAGAUUUCAGAGUAGUGGAGCCUCAGAUAAAUGAAAUGCUGCAAGGAUUUGCAGCAAAUUCGCGAUCUCAGGCUGCAAAGAGACGCAACAGAAGCGUGUCCGAAAGUGCCGGCGACGGUGAUGCUUCACCUACAAGUAGAGUUCGUCGACUAUCUGGUGGUUCCAGCACCGUAACACUGUCAACUUCAGGUUCAGAAAAUAAUCACAACGCGUUGAAGCUUCGUGUGGAUUCAGUAAAUCUUUCUCAGCUUCGAAACAGAGCAGGUUCGUUCGGUUCGGGCCGAUUGGGGCAUUCCAGAAGACGGAACGACAUCGCCUCCUCGUCAAACAGCCAACGAGACUUAAAUAAACAGGCACCUCGAAGCAGACACAAUUCUGGUUCGUUCGCGAAACCGCAGGAGGUGAGCAAAUCUCAGACCACUGCCAGGGAUCGGUUGCAGACGACCUUCAAAUCUGAGCAGACGAAAUCAGUCACGAUCAAGACGGAGAGCACGUUGAUUUCUCAGAAGUGAGGUUAACACAAAACCGAGGGGUAAGUGCACGCAAGGCACUUGCCCGAUUUGCUAAAAGGAUACGAACGCGUUGCCUCCUGUGUUCUAAACAAAGAGAGGAACAUCACGUUUGAAGUAACUCAGGAGUAUCGUGAACGCGUAAAACUAUGAGCACAAAACUUUUCUGUACAUAGACGAGAAUAUGUCAGCGCUUGAUCCUUGUCGAUGAGGAUCGUUAGGGAAGAAAAUAAGUGAAAGAAAGAAACCUUCGUCCCCGAGACAGAGUUCAUCGAGCUGUUUUUUAAGGUAGUUCGUUAAGGUUGUAUUUACAAAUAUAUAUAUUCGGCUGUUCUCGCUUGUAUCAGGACUGUACUGAACACGAAUUAAAACUAUGCUCAGUUGCCCCGUUAGGAUGCUCGUUAAAUACCGUAGCGGAAAUGAGAAAAGGACCCAAGGUGAACGAAUCAAUGAAGAAUCCAGGCACGAUAGCGUGUACGUUUAAAAUUGUCAGUCUGAAUUUAUGCGUUUGUUCAAAAUAUGAUCGUUCGAGCGAAUUUCUUUCUUUUCUUCUUUUACGAAAAGACAAGACACGAAGUCACAAGUUUGAUGCAUGACACGUAAACGCACGAUUGUCAUCGUCCUUCGAGUACCUUAUCUAUUGGCGGAUAACGAUUGAAAAAAAAUGCUCUUCUGAUUUUUUCCCGAUAUUUGAUUAUUUUCUUAUUUAUCGAGGGUAGAUGGAAACUGUAUAAUUUUAAACAGCGAAAAGAAAUUGAAAAAUUACAAUUAAGUCGAAGAAACAUUUUUAUACUUAGAGAGAUUAUGAUUCCUCACAAUUCUCAAAGUGAACGGUACUAAAUGUCUGAUUAAUGUAAACUAUUAGCAGACAUGUGAAAUUAAUUUAUUUAUCUCUUUUCCAAUGUACGGUGAUCAAUUUUUUGGCUUUCUUCGUGGGCAUAGCAGGGCGGGAUGCAAAAUUUAUCUCAAGAUAUAUUUCAUCUUAUUAUUGUACUACGCCUCCUAGCUACGCUCAUGUCUUUUUUAAAAGUAUAAUUGUUCGUACUAGAAAUUCUCAUUUUGAAACAUCGCUGACAUUUGAAGUCAUUUAGAAAGUCAAAUCGUACAAAUAAUGUUUAGUGGCAGCGUUUAUGCUAAUUUCAAUUUUUCAAUUUAUGAAACAUAUCACGUGUGUGGUUUUGUUAUUCGUCGUUUUGAGUACCAAGAAUUGUACUGUCCUCGCGUAGUUUGCACAAAGUGUUGAAUUACUGAUUAAAGAAAAAGCCCUGAAAGGCACAUCGUUUUAGGUAAAUGCUUCUUUAAAGAAAAAAACAAAAAAAAAAGCAAGAAAUAGGAAUAAAUAAUUAGAUUGAUAAACGAUUUCAAUGUUUAAAGAAUUGAACCAAAUAUUUGAGCAAAGCGAACUUUUCAUAAUUAUAAAGAAGUUGUAUAAAAAUAUAAAAAAUCUUAGUGAAUAUAUUGACAAACGAAACGUACUCAGUUCGUGGCCGGAGUAUAAUGAUAUAUUAAUUUUGAAUAUGAAAAUGUAUAUGACUAAUUUUUUUUUUUUUGUAAUUCUGUUAAUGGUGAUGAAAUCGAUAUGCUUAAAGCUAAAGAAAAUAACUAUUACCAAGAAUCAGUUACCAGUGGUCAACAAUUACAAAGUUUUAAAUAUAUAUUACUUUAUUUCCUUGUGCUUGCAUUGUCAUUACUAGGAAAAAUCAAUCUUAUCGUCAAAACAUAAAGCUUUGAAUUCAAUUUGUUUCUGCUAACUUUUUAUCGCUAAGCUAAAAGUAAGCCCUAUUAAAAUUUUAAAUAUUCUGCUCAAUUUUAUCUGUAAAAUUAAAUCCCAUAUUUAAAUUAUCCGCUUGAAAUCCUCGUUAUUAGAAAUACUUUGCAUUCUUGACAUUUAUUUCUUCGUUAACAGAGAAAGAAAUAUAGUUGUCGACUUUCUACUCUUUCGCAUUUACGAUAAUCAAUCAACCUUGAACUUUUGCUGGCCAAGAGUCGUUUUUCCUUUAUAAAUAACUACAAUUCAGAAACAAUUUGUAUGUGUACAGAUCAUCUUUCUACAAGUACAAGCUUAAAAGAAUUAGUCCAAUUGAAGUUCGUAAAUCAGGACUAUUAAUACCAAAAUGAAACAUCUAAGUUCUUUUGAAAGUAUCACUUGUGAAUUUAAGAAAGGUUCAAUUCACUAGAAAGAGUAUCUCGAAAUACGAAUGGCUGGCUCAUUCUUUGGAUACACGGUGUUCUCAGUUUCUGGUAGAUAAUUUUGAACUAUUUGUUUGCAGAAAGCGAAAGAGUGGAAAAGUUGACAUGUAUUUAUACCGCACACUUAUGAAAUGUCUAGACUCUCUUUGAAAGGUAGUGCUCUAGCUUUUUAAAUGGUACUAGUCACGCGCUGAGUCAAAACAUCGUCGAGAUGCAUCGUUUUGAACUUCAACCGACCAAAUGUUGUUGCUGUAAUACUAUAAUUAAUCAAACAAUUGGUAACACCAUAGUUGUUUUAUCGAAAUCUUUUGUAACAAAGUUGAGUUUCUGUCGUCAAAACUUGUUUAUCAUUAUUCGCGUCUUAGC